AAUUAUUCUGUUAGUUGUUUUGCUUUGCUGCUUCUCUCGCUCUCGCCUUCGUUCUCUGAUCUCCUCACUCCUGAGCUUGCAGGGACUGGAAGAUCAAGCAAUGUCGACGGCUUCCUCGGAUUUCUCGAUCGGUUUGGGCAUUUUCUCUUUCCGUGUCUCGGUUCGGGACAUUCCGUCGCUCUGAAUUUCGUUGAAAUUCACUUGAUUUCGUCUUGUUUCCGUACGGAGGAAUUUAGGGUUUUUGGGAUUGGAUUUGGGUGAGAAAUCUAGUGACUGUGCUCGGAUCGGGGCUUGAAUUUUCGAGCUUUUGGCAAUAAUUGCGUAUUACUUGGGUUGGGUGGAUUUUGAGGUCUGCUUGAUGUGCCGAGGGUUGUUUUGGAACUAUAAACGGAGGAGCUGCGAUUUGUAAGGGUUUGAAGAGUUGAAGGGUGCUUCAGUGGAGCUCUGUUGUAAAAAUUGGUGAAUUGUUGGUGUAAUUGUUCUUGAAGGUUAUUGCAGGGCCGUUUCCUUUUCUUUUUGGGAUUCUACUUUCUUCUUGGUGUUGGAAAUUGUGGCUUGUGGGGGGUGCGAAGGACAGUUUGGUGGUUGAAUUUUUGGGAUUUGGUGUGUUGUGCAGUUUGGUGGCUCUGCAUGCGUAAAUCUUGAGGGGGUCCUCUGCUGCUUCGUGGAGGAUCCCAGAAAUCGCGGUCUUUUGGCCGUGUUUUUCCCUCUUGGUUCUGGAUGAGACACUAUGGUUCCCCCUUUAUUGGUUAACUUUUAAAAGUGAAGUAGAAGAGCUGUCGGAUUGGGGCUCCGAGUGGUUUCUUCCGAGCUGAGAAGUAAGGAAGGCCAGCUAAUUUUCUUUUGGCCGAUUGGUUUUUUGGGACGUGCAAUCAAUUUUCAAGGAAGAUGUUCGGUUUUCCUGCUGAUACUGGGCGUGAUAACGCAUUGGGGUCUGUAUUGAUACCCACACGAUUUGUGUGGCCUUACGGGGGCAGAAGGGUAUUUCUUUGUGGCUCAUUCACCGGUUGGUCUGAGCAUAUACCAAUGUCCCCCAUGGAGGGCUGCCCUACUGUAUUUCAGGUUAUCUACAGUUUAUCACUGGGAUAUCACGAGUACAAGUUUUUUGUUGAUGGAGAAUGGAGGCAUGAUGAACACCAACGAUUUGUAAGUGGAAAUUGUGGGGUGGUGAACACUGUCUUCUUAGCUAGGGAACCUGAUAUGAUUCCUGCAAUUUAUAGUCCAGGGACACCCGGUAGAUCUAAUAUGGAUGUGGAUAAUGAUCCAUUUCUUCGUUCGGAAGCAGUACCAAGGAUAUCUGAGGUUGAUAUAGAGAUUUCUCGGCAUCGUAUAUCGGUCUUCCUGUCAAUGCAUACUGCAUAUGAUUUGCUCCCUGAAUCUGGAAAAGUCAUUGUCUUGGAUGUGAAUCUACCUGUGAAGCAAGCAUUCCACAUUCUAUAUGAGCAGGGAAUUCCUGUCGCUCCUCUCUGGGAUUGUUACAAGUGUCAGUUUGUGGGGGUUCUUAGUGCAUUAGAUUUCAUCUUAAUAUUAAGAGAGCUUGGCAAUCAUGGUUCAAAUUUGACAGAGGAAGAACUUGAGACACAUUCAAUAUCAGCUUGGAAAGAGGGAAAAUCUCAUAUUAACAAACAAGUUGAUGGCAGUGGCAGAUCAUACCCAAGAUGUCUUAUUCAUUCUGGGCCUCAUGAUUCUCUAAAAGAUGUUACUUUGAAGAUAUUGCAAAACAAGGUGGCUACAGUUCCCAUUAUCCAUUCUUUUUCACAGGAUGGUUCAUUUCCGCAGCUUCUACAUCUGGCUUCUCUCUCUGGCAUACUAAAAUGUAUUUGCAGGUAUUUUAAACAUUCUUCUAGCUCAUUGCCCAUUCUUCAACAACCAAUUUGUUCACUUCCUCUGGGCACGUGGGUUCCAAAAAUUGGGGAAUCAAAUGGAAGGCCAUUUGCAAUGCUGAGAUCGAAUGCAUCUCUUAAUGCUGCCCUAUCCUUGUUAGUCCAAGCUGAAGUUAGUUCAAUACCUAUAGUAGAUGAUGAUGACUCACUGCUGGACAUAUAUUGUCGAAGUGAUAUAACUGCUUUGGCAAAAGACAGGGCAUAUGCACAGGUUUGCCUGGAAGAACUGAGUAUUCACCAGGCUUUGCAGCUGGGGCAAGAUUCAAGUUCUCCAUAUGGGUUUGUUAGUGGGCAGAGAUGUCAGAUGUGUUUGAGAUCUGAUCCUUUACAUAAAGUGAUGGAGCGUCUCGCAAACCCCGGGGUUAGAAGGCUUGUAAUUGUGGAAGCUGGCAGCAAGCGUGUAGAGGGCAUUGUUUCACUAAGUGACGUGUUCCGCUUCUUGCUGAGUUAGCUCAGAUCAUCGGUCGAUAACCUCACACUAAAGGGUAGUAGACGAUGGAUCUGGAGAAGAUACAUUUAGCUUCACUUGACACUUUGUCUGCCAUGCCUACCCCCAUCCGCCUUUCUCUGGGUUGGUCUGGAACUCAAUUGCUAGAUGGGCCUGGAAUUUCCGAGCCCUCCUACCUACCAAUUCUUAGGAAUGAAUUCCAAAAGAUUAGAAAAAUCUGUAAAUUGUGAACUUUACUCUUCCCCUUCCCCACCUUUCCUUUUUCUCAAUCCUUUCUAUUAACCACAUUAUUGGCAACUCAGUACAUGCUGCCAUGUCAUGUUUGUCUCUUUACUGCUCACAAAGAAGUGGGAAAAGAGCUGGAGUAAGUUUGUAGCUUGUCCAUUAAAAGAGUUGAGAGUUGAUAUCCUCCACUUAA